AUGGCAAAACCUAUCGAUGACUCCAUGCCGGCGCGGAUUUCCGAUAAAUGUCCUGAAAAUAUCCGGCACAUCCUUUACACUACAUGGGGUCAUGACCUUGACGGAUUAAAAAAGAUCUUCAAAGCGCGCCCUGAGGCCAAUGCUCCCUCCUAUUUUACCUAUGACCACUCUGUUGCCAAUGCCCAAGACCCUGAUACGAAAGAGACACCUCUCCAUGCUGCCAUCCGGGCCUGCGGCCCCGCUGAGAAGACCGAGGAUGGCGGCGAAGAAGAGGAUGACGGCGAAGAAGAGGAGGACGGUGUCGUAGAGGAGGCAAGUGAAAUUAUACAGGAGUUAUUCUACUCUGGUGCUAUUUGGAACGCCGUCGACGAGAACGAUGAGACUCCUGGCUGCGUGGCCUUUAGGUUGGGCCGCAAAUCCUUGUAUAAAAGGUGCGUUAGAGCCGGCGUCCAAGCAGAACUGCUGCUAUCCCUUCCUGACGAGCAACUAUCCCUUCCCGAUGAUGUGGGAUAUGAAGUGCUGCCCUCGGGAUCAGAGGACGAGGGGGAGGAAGCCGCCGCCGGGGCCGAGGAUGACGGCGACGCCAUGGACGUCGAGGAUGAAGCCCCUCAGCUGGUCACCGUCAAUGGAGAUGAGACCGAGUUGGUUCCUCCCGGUGAUAACGAGAAGCCAGUGACGAGCGACGAGUACCUCAAGUCGGAGCUAACCUACGACGAUGGCAAACUCGUCGACUCAGACCUCAACGGUGUGAUGAUGGCCUGGGAGACCGAUAUCAUGAAGCGCUCUGUAGCCGCUCUGCUACCCAAUGCUCCAACCGGAAAGCGAAUUCUAAACAUCGGUUUCGGAAUGGGUAUUGUGGACGGCAUGUUCGCUGAGUUGAAGCCCUCCCGUCACCAUAUCAUCGAGGCCCAUCCCGCCGUUCUAGAGCACGUUGCCAAGUCAGACUCUAAGUUCGGUCCCAGCUGGGAGAAGAGCGGGCCCGAGGAGGGCGCCUACAAGAUUUACGCCGGGAAAUGGCAGGACGUAGUACUCAAACUGCUGGAGCAAGGAGAGGUGUAUGACGCCAUCUACUUCGACACAUUUGGGGAAGACUACUCGGAGCUGCGCACGUUCUUUUCCGAAUACCUCUUAGGCCUCUUAGAUGAGGAGGGCCGAUUCAGCUUCUUUAAUGGCCUUGGCGCGGAUAGAAAGAUUUGCUACGAUGUCUACCUCGAGGUGGUGAAGGAUCAUGGAAAGGAGGCUGGCUUCGACAUUUCAUGGGAGGAGAUUGAUGUCGAUAUGUCCGCCCUCGCCGAAGCUGGAAAGGGAGAGUGGGAGGGUGUUCGUCGACGAUACUGGACCCUUGACAAAUACAUGCUCCCGAUUUUUACAUUCAUGGGCUAG